GUCUCCCUUUCCAGCUCCGAACCCUAUUUCGGGCCUCCUCCUAACCCCAGUACCCGUCGCCACCCUCGUCCUAUGGCUGCCGCAGUCCGGCCGCUCGUAACCGUGCAGCCCCUCGAGGGCGACAUGGCCACCGACGCGCCCGCCGCCGUCCCCCUCCCUGACGCCUUCAAGGUGCCGAUUCGCCCGGACGUCGUUCGCUUCGUGCACGACAACCUCUCUAAGAACAGACGUCAGCCUUACGCUGUCUCUAAGCUCGCCGGUCACCAGACCUCGGCCGAGUCCUGGGGCACUGGCCGCGCCGUCUCCCGUAUCCCCCGUGUGCCAGGCGGCGGAACCCACCGCGCUGGCCAGGGUGCCUUCGGCAACAUGUGCCGCGGCGGCCGCAUGUUCGCCCCCACCAAGACCUGGCGCCGCUGGCACCGCCGCGUGAACGUCAACAUGCGCCGCUACGCCGUCGCCUCCGCCCUCGCCGCUUCCGCUGUCCCCUCCCUUGUUCUCGCCCGCGGUCACCGCAUUGAGUCUGUCCCCGAGCUGCCCCUCGUGGUCUCUGAUUCCGCUGAGGGCGUCGAGAAGACUGCCUCGGCCAUCAAGAUUCUCAAGCAGAUCGGCGCCCUCCCAGAUGCCGAGAAGGCCAAGGACAGCCAAGGAAUCCGUCCUGGCAAGGGGAAGAUGCGUAACCGACGCUACAUCUCGCGUAAAGGCCCCCUGAUCGUCUAUGGCACCGAGGGUUCCAAGAUCGUCAAAGCCUUCCGCAACAUUCCUGGAGUCGAUGUGGCCAAUGUCGAGCGCCUCAACCUGCUGAAGUUGGCUUCCGGAGGCCACAUCGGCCGGUUCAUCAUCUGGACCAAAUCAGCCUUCGAGAAGCUGGACUCGGUGUUCGGUACCUUCGAUAAGCCAUCCGAGAAGAAGAAGGGGUACGUGCUACCACGGCCAAAGAUGUUGAAUGCUGAUCUGUCGAGGAUCAUCAACUCAGACGAGGUGCAGUCUGUGGUGCGGCCGAUCAAGAAGGAGGUGAAGAGGCGCACUCUGAAGAAGAACCCGCUGAAGAAUCUCUACACGCUGCUGAAACUGAACCCAUAUGCGAAGACUGCCAGGAGGAUGGCUCUGCUUGCUGAGGCGCAGCGCGUCAAGGCCAAGAAGGAGAAGCUCGACAAGAAGAGGACUCAGCUCCCCAAGGAAGAAGCUGCUGCAGUCAAGGCUGCUGGACGGGCAUGGUACAAGACCAUGAUCUCAGAUAGUGAUUAUGCAGAGUUUGACAACUUCUCCAAGUGGCUAGGUGUGACACAGUGAUUGAUUUUUAGUUCCUACCAUUGUGGAACUACAUGCCUGUAUUGUUUCUUCUUUGCCGGAGGAUGGUAGAGGGGGCAUGAAUGAGUUACUUGUUAAUCCCAACUAGUGUUUGUCAAUUUGCCAUUGUAUAUUACCCUUAAAGUUGAGUGUCGGUUGCUCAGCCUAUUCCUCCUGUGAAGUUUGUAUUCCUCGCCAGAACAAAAUGAUGGCUGUGAGAGAGAGAGAGAGAGAGUUCUUGCCAUCCCUUCCUCUUCCAUUCUCUUUCUUUCUACUUUCAAGGUAUCAUUUCCUCCUCAUCUUCCUAUGAAUGUAUGUCUAAUCUUGGGACCAGAACAAUAUUUCAGCCAAAAUACUUGGAUCUCCUAUAGAACUUCUCAUGUAGAAAAAUACUUUGUUUGAUAGAAGAAAUGAGAAUUAUGAUAACUUUUUUUCCCA